AUGGCGUGUGAUGGAGUUCAUCCUCAAUUUCUCGCCCUGCGUAGUGGGACCCAUGGCUCCCGAGUGGGCUGCCUGGCACUGGGGGACCGGGAGGGGGGAGGACGGGCGCAGGUGGGCGGGCUUGGGCAGGGAGGGAGGUGCCGGCCCGAAGGGGGCGGGGAGGGAGAGGCGGGGGCGGCCGAGAUCCCGCCUCCCGUGGUGCUACCCGCGGCUCCGCCCCGCGGCGUCCGCCGGCAACUUUGCUAUGGAGUUUGUGCGGUGCUGAGGCUCGGCCUGGCGCUAGCGCUGGGUCCGGGGCCCGCCGGGGGCCACCCGCACCCGUGCGGCGUCCUGGCGCGCCUGGGGGGCUCGGUGCGCCUGGGCGCCCUCCUGCCCCGCGCGCCCGCCGCCCGCGCCCGCGCCGCCGUGGCCCGGGCCGCCCUGGCGCCGCGGCUGCCGCACAACCUGAGCCUGGAGCUGGUGGCCGCCGCGCCCCUCUCCCGCGACCCCGACUCGCUGGCCCGCGGCCUGUGCCAGGCGCUGGCGGCACCGGGCGUGGCGGCCGUGCUAGUCCCCGAGGCGCGGCCCGAGCUGCUGCAGCUGCACUUCCUGGCGGCGGCCACCGAGACCCCCGGGCUCAGCGUGCUGCGGCGGGAGGCCCGCGCUCCCCUCGGCUCCCCGAACCCCUUCCACCUGCAGCUGGACUGGGCCAGCCCCCUGGAGACUCUGCUGGACGUGCUGGUGUCCGUGCUGCAGGCGCACAGCUGGGAGGACGUUGGCCUGGUGCUCUGCCGCGUGCAGGACCCUGGCGGCCUGGCGGCCCUGUGGACAAGCUGGGCGGGCCGGGCUCCGAAGCUCGUGCUGAACCUGAGCCGGCCGGACCCAAGCGAUGCAGGGCUGCGGGCCCGCCUGGCCCCACUGGGGGUGCCCGCGGGGGGAACGGCCCCAGUCCCCGUGGCCGUACUCCUGGGUUGCAAUGAGGCCGGCGCCCGUCAGGUGCUGCAGGCCGCGCCCCCUGGGCCCCGCUGGCUGCUGGGCACGCCGCUGCCCGCCGAGGCACUCCCCACCGAGGGCCUGCCGCCUGGGCUGCUGGCGUUGGGCGAGGUCAAGCGGCCCCCGCUGGAAGCCGCCAUCCACGACGCGGUGGAACUAGUGGCCCGCGCGCUGGGCAGCGCGGCCCGCGUGCAGCCGGAGCGUGCCAUCCUCCCCGGCACGGUCAACUGCAAUGACCUGCCGCUGCCCGGGCCCGAGUCCUCCGGCCGCCUCUUGGCCAGGUUCCUGGCCAACACGUCCUUCCGGGGCCACACGGGGCCGCUGUGGGUGACCGGCUCCUCGCAGGUGCAAAUCUCCCGGCGCUUCCGGGUGUGGAGCCUCCGCCGGAACCCGCGGGGCGCGCCCAAGCUGCGCGUGGUGACGCUGGUGGAGCGCCCGUUCUUUUUUGCCCGCGAGCCGGACGAGGAAGGUCGGUGCCCGGCGGGGCAGCUGUGCCUGGCCCCCGGCACCAACGACUCGGCCGCUCUGCACGCGCUCUUCGCCGCGCUGGCCGACGGCUCGGCGCCCCGCGCGCUGCGCAGGUGCUGCUACGGCUACUGCAUCGACCUGCUGGAGCGCCUGGCGGAGGACGCGCCCUUCGACUUCGAGCUGUACAUCGUGGGCGACAGCAAGUACGGCGCGCUGAGCGACGGGCGCUGGACCGGCCUGGCGGCCGACCUGCUGGCCGGCCGGGCGCACAUGGCCGUCACCAGCUUCAGCAUCAACUCAGCCUGCUCGCAGGUGGUGGACUUCACCAGCCCCUUCUUCUCCACCAGCCUGGGCAUCAUGGCGCGCGCGCGGGACACGGCGUCGCCCACCGGCGCCUUCAUGUGGCCGCUGCACGGGUCCAUGUGGCUGGGCGUCUUCACCGCGCUGCCCCUGACUGCGUUCUUCCUCACCCUCUACGAGUGGCGCAGCCCCUUCGGCCUCACGCCCCGCGGCCGCAACCGAGGCACCGUAUUCUUCUACUCCUCCGCCGCCCUCAGCCUCUGCUACGCCAUCCUCUCUGGACGCACAGUGUCCAGUAAGACGCCCCAGGGCCCCACGGGCUGCCUCCUCGUGAACCUGUGGGCCAUCUUCUGUCUGCUCGUGCUCUCCAGCUACACGGCCAACCUGGCCGCCGUCAUGGUCGGGGACAGGACUUUUGAGGAGCUGUCAGGGAUCCACGACCCUAAGCUGCACCACCCGUCCCAGGGUUUCCGCUUCGGCACUGUGUGGGAAAGCAGCGCCGAGGCCUACAUCAAGAAGAGCUUCCCGGAGGGCUUCCCUGGUGGCGCAACGUACGCACACGUGCGGCGCCGCAGUGCGCCCAUCACGCCCCACGGCGUCGCCAUGCUGACAAGCGACCCCCCCAAGCUCAACGCCUUCAUCAUGGACAAGUCGCUCCUGGACUACGAGGCGUCCAUCGACGCGGACUGCAGACUGCCGACCGUGGGCAAGCCUUUCGCCAUCGAGGGCUAUGGCAUCGGACUCCCCCGGAAUUCGCCGCUCACCUCCAACCUGUCCGAGUUCAUCAGCCGCUACAAGUCCUCCGGCUUCAUCGAUUUGCUCUGCCACGACAAGUGGUACAAGAUGGUGGUGCCUUGUGGCAAGCGGGUCUUCGCCGUUACAGAGACCCACCAGAUGGGCAUCUACCACUUCUCGGGACUCUUCGUGCUGCUCUGCCUGGGUCUGGGCAGUGCUCUGCUCAGCUCGCUGGGCGAGCACGUCUUCUACCGCCUGGCGUUGCCGCGCAUCCGAAGGGGCAACAAGCUGCAGUACUGGGGGCUGGAGGGAAGGGGGAGCGCGAUCCAUUGCGCCCUCAACACGGAGCCGCCCGAGGAGCAGGAGGAGCCGGAGGAGCCGGAGCCGAGGGGCCCCGAGGAGCCGCAGUAGGACACUCUGGCCGCCCCCGCGGGCCCGUGGGGCCGGGCACGGGUGCACCGGGCCUCGGUGAGGGAGCGUCGCGCGCACUUCCUGCUGGAGCCGGCCUUGGGCGCGGCCGCCGCCGCUCCCGUUGAGGAUGCCCCAGGCGAGGAUGCGGAUGCGGCCCGGCCGCGGGGGGGCCCCGUCUGGCUCUGCUCCACCGGCCGCCCUCCCGCCGAGCUGUUCUCGGGCGCCCCGCGCCCCGGGGAGCUAGAGCAACUGGAGCAGCGCAUCGCGGGCGCACGCGAGAGGCUCCACCAGGCGCUGGUGCGGCGCAGGCAGCUCCUCGCCCAGCUCGGGGACAGCGCCGGCGACGGGCCGUGCAGCCGGCUCCAGGCCUCCGGGGAAGCACCCGUGCCCGCCCGGUAA